AUGGCAGAGAACCACAACAAGUUUGCCGAAGCCAUGAUGGAGUCUGGUGUCCAACUCGCCACCGUCGAUAUGUGCGAUGUAUCUUCCUCCUCCAACAUCAACGCUGCCAGAUGGGGAUCCAUUCGUCAUAAACUUCGAAAGGCAGCGGCAGAGUUUAUAGGUACCGCUAUCCUGCUGACGUUUGGGUUCGGAGCCACUACCCAGCUGGUGCUGACGGACAGCAGUUCCUGGGGGACCAUGGUUGCUGUCUGGGGCACAGCUUUGACCGUGGCCAUCUAUGCCGUCGGUGGCGUCUCGGGGGCGCACCUGAACCCUGCAGUGUCACUGACAAUGUGCGUCUUCCGCGGCUUCAGCUACACCGACUUGCCAUUCUACUGGGUUGCACAAACAUGCGGUGCCUUCAUGGCAGCUCUCAUUGUCUACUUCUUCAACGAACCCGCCAUCUAUGCCGCUCGCCUCGAAGACCCCUCUCACGCCAUUGGGAUCUUCGUCACAAGUCGUGCAGCCGGCGUCACCGUCCCCGUCGCCUUCUUUGUAGAGUUCCUCGCUACCGCCAUCCUCCUCUUCUCCGUCCUGGCCACUUCUGAGGGUCGAGGAAUCACGCCCACAGACCCAAGGUUCCAACCCGUGGCUUUGGGUAUAACAUUGACGGCGAUUGGUUUGGGAUUGGGCCAGCAGACUGGGUUUGCGUUGAAUCCUGCUAGGGAUUUAGGACCAAGAAUAUUUGUUGCGAUUGCUGGGUGGGGGACGGAAGCGUUCUCGAGGCAGGGGUAUUAUUUCUGGUUGCCGAUUGUGGCGCCCUUCUGUGGCGCCUUUGCUGGUGCUUUCGCUCAUGAUCUCCUCGCGAACCCCCAAGACAAGUCCUCCCUUUGA